GUGGCUGUGGCGCUGACGGAAGUGACGAACGCUGUGGGGGGCGAGGUGGUCGCGAGCUGCCGGAUGCUCUGGGGCAGAGCUGAGGUUGGGAGGAUGAGCGCCGUGCCUGAGGAAGUUAAGGCAGAAGAUGGCAAAGCGGAGCCCGAGAAAAAACUCUUUUACUGCGAUGUUUGUAAAAUUUACUGUAUGUGCGCUAUAAGUCUUCAGACACACUACCGUGGUGCAAAGCAUAGGAAGCAAGAGAAAGCCCUGAGACGCAGGAAUCCCUAUUGUUCUUCAGCUCUAAUCCGAGUUCCGAUGAAGCACCGAGUGCUCAGACGAGUGAAGAGAUCAUUCGCAGGGUACAUAACCUCUCUGAAGGAUUUUAUGAAUGAUCCCAGAAGAGAAGAGCCUCUAAUUGGUUUAGAGCAUGUGGUUGAAGUCAGAUUUGAAGGAAGAAGAGAACCACGUUACGAGUGCAGGCUGUGUGGGUGUAAUUCAGAGGUGGCACCCAUGAUAGAACAUCUUAGUGGAUAUAAACACAGAAGAGAAUACAUUUCUAAAGAAUUUCCAGAUAAAAUGAAGAGAAAACCAACAGAUGCAAAAGAAUGCAAAGUCUCGUUUUUCAGACGAAUAGCAGGAGAGCUAGAGAAGAGUGAAGGAUUAAAAAUGUAUAAGAUGGAAGGUUGCACAAGACCAGCUACCUCAUCCCCAUUGGAGAAGGAAUCAAGGUGGGAAGAUGAUUAUAAGCAUGAGAAUGAUCCUGUUCGGAAACAGAAAGCUCUGGAGUUCUUGGAGACUUUUCACAUCACCUCAGACUCAGAAGCAACACUUGUUGUUCGCAUUACACAGGAACUCAUGGAGGCUUUGAAGGCCUUUUGUGAAAAGAAAGCAGCAGAUAAUUACAACAACAGUUUAGGCCCAGUAAUGUCAGUACCUCAAGAUGAAUUUCCAGAAAGGAAAAGCAUCCCAGAACACUAUGGGCCAGAUGUAGAAUACAAAGGAAGUUCUGACUGGAAUCAAGGUUUUUUGUCUCAGUAUGAAGAGUAUUCUGAAGAUGCUUCUUUUGCUCCUGCUCACUCAAACAAUUACCAAGCAGAUGAUGGAUCAUCCUCCUGUCAUCUGACAUCUGACAACUUUGCAAGUGUGUCUCUACUCGGGGACUCUCCUGCUGUUGAGCCUGAUAUUCCUGCCGGUGGUGUCAGCCAAUGGCUGAGACAGCUCAGGAACUCCGUGCCCUGCACGGAUUUGGCUCCUGGGGCCUCUUCAUACCAGAUCAGCCCAGUGAAGGAGUACUCAGCAGAAUACAUACCCAGUGAUGUGCAAGGAAAUGAGCUCUGUGAUAACAGGCUCUCAUUUGGCGGAGAAAAUACAAAAUGGAGGAAUCAACAAGCGUGUACCAAAGGAAGGCAUAUAAGUGACCAAGAAUUAUCCUAUCCCAAUUCCUCUUCCAUAUAUCCUUCAUCUGGAAGAUACUUUACAAACUAUGCUUCACAAAACUAUUCCUCUUACAAGAACUAUGAGUCUGUGAAUACUUGUACAUCUUCUGCAAUUUCUGCUGUUUCAGGAAGAGGUGGCUCCAGGUGGCACCAGGACACUAGGUGGAACGAGUGGAAUGAGGACUAUAGGUGGAACAAGGAUUCUAGCUGGAAGCAGGAAUCUAGGUGUCAAGAAUUCAGGUAUCAGAAAUCAGGCUACCAGAGAGACUGGAGUUCACAUCAUGACUCAUUUUCUGGCAGAGGUUCGUACCAAGAUCACCAGCAGUUCAUAAGCUCAGAAGAGAUGUUUAAUGGAGCUGAUGCUGGUCUUGCUCCCAGCACUGUGAACAAACUCCUAGGAAAGGAUGUACCUACAAUGACCAGGACGCUCAAACAGCUGGCUCCGUAUUAUCCAGCACUUCAAAAAAUAAAUAUUCAGACAUUCGUCAAUGUGCUAAUAGAAGCUAGAGAGAAAGAUUAAGCAGCAACAGCUGAACUGGAAACAGAUGAAGAGAUUUGAGAAUCUCCAUCCCUUGGCUUUCAGGAAAGAGACUGCAUUUAACUGUGUUUGCUGGUUUGGGAGAGGUAAAGGGAGAUAGGGUUUAAGUUUUUAACAUGUGAACUAUAGCUGGAACAUGAACUUGCACAUAAUGGGUGAACAUACUAUUUUGUUUAGGCUUUUUGUAAUGUAUUUGUUAUAUCUUAGUAUAUUUCAGAAAAAAUGAUCUUUUGUUAUUUUUUGAAAAUACGUUAAAAUUACUGUCAGCAAAAAGCUAAUAAUCCUUUUAAUACCCUUCUCAAUUCAGAAGAGAAAGAAAGGUUUACGUUUAUGCUACCUACUUGAAAAUACAGGUUUACUUUUCUCCACACAAAUGUAAGGCCAGUUCCAUUAAUUUGAGGCUUUAUAAUUUGCUUAUUUUUAGAAAUUGAUACACUACAUUUCUGUUUAGACAAAGAAAGGAGAAUGUCACAGCACAGGUAUUCUCUAUCUUAAUGUGAUGCUAUAUGAGGAAAAUGUAAUCUGUACUAGAGGAUUGGUAUGUAAUGGGGCAUACCAGUUUCAAUUUGCAGAGUAAGAAAUGAUGUGAAAUAUAUGCAAAUUGUUUUAUCAUGCUGUUCAAAAUGAAAUAAUUAUAAAUGAUCCUAAAAACUCAUUUGGUGGAUGGACUCACGCUAAAAUAAAAAUUCUUGAUUUUUUUCUACUGGCAAAAGCAUAUUAAGAAAUAGUAGAACCCAUAAGACAAUCAGAUAAAAUAACAUGAAAAAGUAAACAAAAUGUUGUACUAAGUGAGUAGUACUUACCAGUUCAUGAGGUGUAUCAGAGCCACAUGCUCAUGAAUGCCUGGGUUUAGAUAUCUGCUCUAUGUAAUUAAAACCAGCCUGCAUGGAGCUGAAGAAAAGAAGUAAAGUGAGACAGUUUACUCACGAGUGUCUGUUUUCCUUUUCACUGCUGCAUUCUGGACUAUCAUUUUUCUUCUCACCCAUGCUGGAACUGUCUCUGUGCAUUAAAUAUACUUGUGCUGAAGCAGGGUUAGUCUUCAUGAGCUGUCAUAAAACAUUUUGGAUCUUGUUAUGUAAAUUUUAAUAAAAACAACUCAAAAUAUUUUAUUAUUUGAGCAUGUAAAGUCAAUUCCCUAAAGUUUUCCUUCUGACAUUACUUUGUUUCUGCAUCUGAAAAGAUCCACUUUCCUUUUUUGUUCCUGUUCACUGUUUCAUUCAUGUUCAUUGCUCAUACUUACUGAAGUGUUGGAGUGGUUUAUAACAUCACACACCUCAUAGCUGUGCCAUACACUUCCAUGCACUGAAUUACAUACUCAACCUUCUUGCUUAAAAGGAAAAAUUGUUUUUUCUACCACUGGUGUCUGCCAGAGUUUUGGUUUACAAGUCUGUAGAAUUGAUUGGUUAAAAGGUAGAUAUAAUAGCUAAUUAUUAUAAAGUAAUAAUAUUAUAAAAAUAAGAACUAAUAACUAAUUAUAACUAAAAUUUUAUUUACACAAAUGUUGCUAGCAUAGUUUUUUUCUCACAGAAAGUGUAGUAUAACUGAAGUUCUGAAACUUUAGAAAAAAAUGUUGCUAGGAAAUAUUACUGCUGCAACUCUGUCAAUUCAGGUUAAGACCUUUCCACUGAGGCUGUUGCAGAGAACUCUUUCCCCCAUUUCUCACUCCCUUUUGGAUUUUACUGCCAUCACUGUAUGCCCCAGUGACACACAGUAGCAGGAUGAGCUCCACCCAAAUUAGAUGCUCUUUGCACCUACACGUUCUGUAAUUUUUCCUUCUGGGCAACAGUUAUUGUCCUUCCUUUGUUGCUGUGCAGAGUCCUGCAUUGGGGAAGCAGUUCUUGCAUUUGGAAAUGGAGUGGUAAGACAGCAUUGAUUUACUAAAGCUUUCCUGAAUGUAGAGUGCUAAAUACUUCUUACUUCCAAGAAACCCUUUAGCAUAUUUUGCUCCUAAGUAUUGGAGCAGAGCUCUGUCUAGACUCCAAUCCUUCUUUAUAAACCACCUCACAAAGCAGGUCCUGACAGCCUGCAGAGCAGCACCGGAGGCCUGGCACCCAUCAGCACCACUGCAGCUACAUCACAGGCCUUGGCAUGGAGGCAGUAGUUCUCAGAAUGCACCUGAGCCCUUGGAGCAAAUUUCCAAUUUCCUUAAAAAGCCAGUGACAAAAACCCAGACUGGAACAUGUCUUGGAUUGGGAAUAAAUGGUCUGCUUUUAGUCAGUUUCUUGGUCUGUGGUGUACCUGCUUUCACACCUUUAGAAGUGUUUCCUAGUGGGACAGUAGUUGUUCCAAUCCAGAGCCACCUUGAUUAUUCUCUGCAUCAUUGAUGCUCCUUUAGGAAGUGCUGGAGUCAGCUGUUCUGCACCAAGGCAGUGAAAUACAACAAGGCCAGCUGGACAUGGAGACAUCUUUCAGGGCGGACAGCUUGGGAAAUUUCUCAGAUUCCAGCUUUUUAGUUUGUACCAUGGACUUACUCUUAAAACACUUCCCAGAAUUACUGGAUUUUAUAUGGAUGUAUGAUCCAAAGGGACAGAUUCGUUAGUGGAAAGAAACAGGGGAGCUUUUUUGUCCAGAAAUUCUCAAAAGAAUUAUCUUCUGUUUUGUUUCUGGAUAGAGCAUAUAUAGUUAUUAUUUCAGCCUUCCAGGGAGGGAAGGUUAAAAGAGUAACUGGUAGAACUCUUUUUUCCCUUGUCUUCUUCAACGUAAGUAACUUUCACAGCUGUUGGAUGAGGUGGUUUCUGACACUGGUUGUUACUCCUGGUCUCCCUCUUCACCCAAAACCAAUUCCUUGCCUUUUGGGUGAGGACACCCAGAGUGCUUUGAGAGAUCUCCUUGUUUCAGUGUGCUUAUGCUCUGGGGGCCAUUGGCGAACCAGAGAGGUUCUGACACAAAAGAGUGUUCAGAGUGUUGCUGAGCUGUCACUUAAGGGUCUGAGUAUCACUUGACAAAUAGUAGCAGCUUCUUUGUGCAAUAGAUGUUUUGUAACAGUUGCACAGUUGCCACUUUGCUGCCUUCACCCUGACACCAGACACUCUAGUCUGGGUGAGACACGGACUCAGAAUCAUCUGUGUUGGAAAGAGUCCACAAGGAUCACUAAGUCCAGCUGUUCAGUGAAUGGACCAUACAGAGACUGAACGUGUGACCUUGGUGUUAUUUGUACCAAUCUCAGGGUCAGCUGGAAGUAACAUUGUAACUCUGGUUGUCUUUGCUUCCUCCAAGUAGUUUCCUCAGAGUUACUGCAAGAGAUGGUAUGUGACAGGAAUCACUCAUUACUUGUCUUGCUUGAGUUUUUUCACUCUCUCUCAUUAGCUGUAAAUGGUGAGAUGUAAAGUUACAAGAAUGUCUGACUGUCAAUUCAAGGCCACUUCAAAUAAGUGCUGCAGCACAAAAAGGAAGACUUCUGAUGUCAAAUGAAACAACUAAGCAAAAGGAGCAUAUUCAGAGUCAGAGUUCAUUUUUGUGGGGAACUUAUCAAGGGAGAUGCAGUAUGACCUUCUUCACAGGUGAGAAGUUGUAUUUGAAGCCAUCCUAAGGAUACCCUGAAAGACGGAGGCAGCUAGAAAAUAAAAUAAAAAAAGGCAAUCCAAGUGGAGAGAUCCCUGAAUCGUAGAAAAUGAGAAUACAGAAAUAAAAUCACCAUCCCCUUAAAGCUGUACAAAAGUGAAACAGACUAAAAGUUGACCUGGUAUUUUUAAUUAAUUUUAAAUUCUGUAUUUAAAAAUUAAUACAUUAAACUCUUAGAAAAGUAAGGCACAUGCAAAACAUGUUGUGCAACUUCUGGCUUUCAACUGAUAUAAACUAACAAGCAUAAUUUUAAUUUGGCAUUUCUAAAGAGUCAUUUUUCCCAUGCAGGAUAUGUGUAAGAGGUAAGGAUAUAUGUAAGAGUUCAAGAUUGUACUGGUUAAAUCUAGAUUCUGUGCUUUCUGUACUACAGUUAGCAGAGAUGGUCAUAUCAUACAAUAAUACAAAAUAAAACCAACUCAAGCACAGAUUCUGACGAUGAUUACCAACAUACAAAAUUUAACAAUGUGAUGUUACAUCCAUUAUAAUACAUAAAUAAUCUUAUUCAGUAGAGGAUGAUUUGGCAACUCCAGUCUCUGUAAUGCCAGUGUGCAAAUCCUGGUUAUGGGUGUCAUACAAUGCUGAAGACCAUGGAAAGAUACUGCUCGUAGGACACCUGAAUCCAGCCAUCCUGGUCAGUGUCGUAUCGUCGAAACACAUCAGUCAGCCUCUGAAGA